AUGGAGGACGCAUUUGAGGCAAUCUUAAUCCUUCGCACAUUUUGUCCACCACAUCACGACUACACAUAUAAAAGAAUCCUCCCGAAUGCGCGCCUUCGCUUCAUCGAGAGCCUAGAUGUUCCUCCUUUCAAGACCUCCCCUGAACAGGAGCUCGCUGCCGUCAAUGGUAGGUUGUUGCAGUCGUCCGUUGGAGAUUUAGACCCUGUCGAUCGGGAGGAUGUCUUGAACUCCACGCUCCUUGCGCAACUAGCCGCCAAUCAGGCUGGGGGAGAUGACAAGGUCGAAUGGUACAAGAAAUACAAGGAGGUCCUCGAAAACGUCGGAUGGGUUGUCUCGAGUUUCUCGUUCUCCGACGUCGUGAAUCUCAACACUUAUGGCUCGGUCGACAAGGUCGUGAUUGCCAUGUUGGAUCCUGAUCUCUCCCCUAAAGCCCGCGAAGUUGUGCAGGCCACCAUCGAUGCCAUGAACCUCCCGGUGAAUGCCAGCGCUAAUGCCAUCUUCCAUGAAAAUGCCUGGGAUGGGCAGACUGCUAACUUUCAGAUUGGCGUGGCCUCAGCAUCUGACGGCGAUAACGUCCAGCUGCAUCUUGGAUGCUUCGACUACACGGCUAAGGGCGCCGCUGGCAAUGUACUGUUCUUCGAAUUUGGACACCGUAUCGUGAAGUUCAUGUACGCCACACAGACCAUGGUGUUGAACCAGGAGAGGUAUAAGGUGGUCAGAGAAAUGGUGAAGAACAAACUCGGCACCCUUAUCCAGAGCUACAGGGAGGAUGUGGUCAUAAGCGUCUGA